UGUUAGGUUAGGUGUCAUUUGUCACCCGGCUCACCACCAAGGAGACAAGCGCGAGAGAAGUGCGAAGAGAGGUCAACGUCGGCGAGGGAUGUCGGCAUCGGCGUGCAUCUUUUGCCAAAUUGCUCGGAUUCCUACCACUACACGCCUGCUUUACCAGGAUGAACUUGUCGUCGCUUUUCAGGACAUCAACCCCUCCGCCUUCCGACAUUACUUGGUCAUCCCUAUUGAGCACAUCCCAACAGUGAAAAACCUUCAAAGAGGACAACAACACUAUACAUUGGUGACUCACAUGCUUAAUGUUGGUAAAUCGCUGUUACAACAAGAUGCCGCUCAGUCUAAUGAGCAUAGAUUUGGCUUUCACCAACCCCCGUUUAAUAGUGUUGACCAUCUGCACCUUCAUUGCCUGGCGCUUCCUUUUAUACCAUGCUGGAAAUUUAUUAAAUACUCAUCAUUGGGACCACUUGGUGGAUUCAUUCAAGCAGAGACCCUCUUGGAGAAACUUAAGCCCUCACAGUUUUCCCAAAUAUAGAGAAAAUUUUCAGCUAUUGUGAUCUAGAGAAAUCAAGAUGAUCUGCCUCUGCAUCAGAAGGAGUAGCCAGUGCCCAGUGAUGUUAUGGUCUUCCUUUAGAUUGGUUUAGGCAUUUAUAGGUUAAAUAUUUGAAUGUGUGAAUCCCUCGAUACAUGCCUCACAGUGGAAAAAUACUUCAUUUUUGACUCAAUAUGAUAUAUCAUGUAUAAAUGGUUCCCUACCUCUUUGCAGGACUAGCCUUUCAUCUUUGGUUGAUCUUUGCAAGGCAGGCCUUAUAAGUAUAUGCAAGUCUUGCUAAAUCGCAUGUUUUUGCACUUUCAAUUAUGGAUGAAAGCGAAGAUCAGUCUGUGUCUGUUUUGGUGGGGAUUUGGUAAUGUUGAAUGGCUAAUGUAUUUUAUAGCCCCAAACCUCUUGAUAAGAGCUUCAAGGAAUGCUAGUCACUCAAUCUAGGGAGCAUGUCGAAUAAGGUUGUGGUUGAGGAAAAAAUCAAAGGUCAAAAGCUGGGAGAGAAGAGUUGCAUGUUUCCUAUUUGCAAUUUGUGGACUACACUUUUUUUUUUGUAUGGCGGGCUAAUUAGAAUUCUUACUGUGAUAUAGAUAUAUGAGGUGGUUUUAGGCUUAAAUUUUUCUAAAUGUAAUAUAAUAGGCUCAAGCAUAUUGUGCCCGGGCUGUAUGCAGCUUUUGUUGGAUGCCAAGUCGAGAAUGAACUUGGCUUUGCCUUUUGGAGAUUACCCACAUUUGAAAAUAUUUUGGGAAACAGUUAUUUUGAGGAUAUUUAGCCAGCUUGAUUGGUGGAAGAUAGCCUUUUUUUUAUUUUUUUUAUUUUUUUUUUCCCUUUAUGGUUGGGGGGGGGGGGGAGGGGGAAGUUUGGCUCAAUCAUGCUUUUCUAGUAUCCAUCUCUAUUAUCUCUCCCUGAUCAAAUUCUGAUUUCUGUUGCAAGUGAAUGGAGAGAAUGAUAAGGAGUAUUUUUGCAGUGUGGGGCAACCAAUAUAAGGAAAGAUUGUCAUAUGAGUUGGGAUUUGUAGUGUUGACCGCAGGAGGUCUUGGCUUUGGAAAGUGAUGUCAAAAUAUGUUGCACUUGUGGAAAUGGUAGUGGCGUUUUCCUUCUGAUUCUCAGUCCCUUUGGCAUCUAGUUUUUAGAAGCAUAUAUAUGCACGAUAUUGGGUUGGUUGCACAAGGGGCUCUUAGAGUGAAACUUGGUUGUCCUUGAAGGUUUGUUUCAUUAGUCUUUUUUAUUCACCUAUUCAGUGAGGUUCAAAGUAUGGGAUGGUGUCGUAUUUGUCUUUGGAAAGAUGUUUGGAGAUGAGAGCAACCUUUUAGUGCCUGAUUCUUUCUAAUAUACCAUAUGUCUACUCUCAAUAACCUGCAUGUUGCUGGUCUUUACUCUUUAAUUUUUUUAUGGUGAUAGUGCUUGAGAUUAUACGGUUUUGGAGAUCACAACAUGAUAGGGAGUUAGCGGAGUCACUUCUCUACUAGAGGAAUUGAAUUUCUAGUUAGGUGCACUAUCAACAGGCACUUAUUCUUGCAAAUAAUUUCUCAAAUAUAUAUUAACCCCUUUGGUUUCUAGCUUUUCCAGUAGCAUGCUUCAUUUAGAAAGCAAGGGUGUCUUUUAAAUGCAACGACUGGGUUAGGUUAUUUACCAGAUAUCUGCUUCCUUUGUUCUGCUGAAUGUGGGUGCUGUUCACAUGAUAAGUACACUUUGAAGUGGAAAGUUACCUUUGGCAGAGGUUGUUUGGUUUAUAUGAGAGAUUGCAGGUUUUCACUUUAGGAGAAGAUUCUUACUUCCUCCAUUCUACAAAUAUUGCAAUAAUUACCAAUUUUAGGAAGUUCUAAUUGCAACAAUUACCAUUUUAGGAAGUUUCACAAAUAUUGCAACAAUUAUCAUUUUAGGAAGGUUCACAAAUAUUGCAACACUUCCUUAUUUGUAGAUGUUUUCUCUCUUUCUCUUUGCUCAUCACGGGUCCCUAUCUUUAUUCCUCUAUCUCUCUCCUCAUCAUAUGGGUCCCAUCUUUAUUCCUCUCUAUCUCUUUCCUUCUUAAAAUUUGUGUCCCAUCCUCAUGCUGCAAUUUUUGGGGAAUGGAGGAAGUAUUAUCAACACUACUUUCGGGGUAAUUUUCUUGGUGUAUGGUUGGAUUGAAACUCUCUAGCCAUUUGAUGAGUUUCUUUGGCUUCGGAUUUGUUGUGGGACCAGUAACUUAUUUGGCCUUGUUAUGGGCUAAGUCGGCGUGGCUUUCUAGAAUAAUUGGUUUGGGGAGGUUCAAAGGAAUUGGGUUUACAUAAAAAAUUUAGAUCCUAUGUUAAUCGGACAUGGCUAAAAUCGCGAAAUGUCUGUGUCGACACGACACGUACACGUACUCGGGACACGUGUUCGACCCUUCACAGUGCACUCGGACACUUCCAUUAAGAGUGGAGAGGAAAAAAGAGGAGAAAUAUGAAAGAAAAAACACAUCUUGUUCGAAGACCAUCAUUGAUACAGAGAAGAUGGAGAGACGAAGACUGCCAUUCAUUAGGAGAAAUUACCUAGGAAAUAAUUAAAAUUAAAAAAAAAAAUAGGGGUGGCUGUAAUGAAAAAUUUAAAGCUUUUGUUAUAUAUAAUUUAUUUAUAUAAAUUUAAGUGAUUAUUGACGUGUCCCUGUAUCUGUGGCCAAAAAUAGAAUAGAGUCUCCAUGUCCUAAAAAUUUGGAACUUGCCGGAUCGAACACUUGGACAUGUGUCCAUGUUCGACACCCGUUCCCGAAUCCAUGUAACAUAGUUUAGAACAUCACUAGAAAAAAAUUUAGAAUAUAAGGGAAAAAAUAUGGUUUAGCAGCUAAAUUUGCGACAGUGCAUUUUGUCUUACUUCUUAUUAUGUAUGACUUAAGAUAAUAUUUCAUGCCUCUAGUAGGGGCAUAGGGCUACUUGCCCUAUCCCUAUAACUUUUUUCUUAUCUGGGAUACAAGUUAUUUAGAUAUGGUUAGCCUUUAUUCACUGAAAUUAAUGCUCUGAUGCUCAGCACGGUAUUCUAUUUUGUAGAGGGGUGGUUGAAAUGUUGGUCAGAGGUAUUUGUAGUUUCCUUCUCACUCUGUUUGGUCUCGUAUUAAUACAAAUUGCUUUACCAAAUGUGUAAGAUAAUGUGCAUUUUCUUUUGCAGGAUUCGAUAGUAGCUUUUAUUGUUUCAAGAAGUUAAAGAUUUAACUUAUCCAAGGUACUAAAGAUUUUUUUGUUGUCACUUCCAGAUGUGUGUACAUACUAUAUGGUGCUCUGUCUUGUGCAACCUUUUGUGUUAAUCUCUUGCUGUCAGUUGCUGCUGUGUAAAAAGUGUAUCUUUGUGUGCCUAAUAUGUCUAUAUUAUCCAAAAUUGUCAUUGUUACAAUGAUGUACAGAUUUCCGUAAAACUUCUGUUGAUUGCACAUAUGCUAUAUUAAUGGGAAUUCUGUUGACCUGUUAAUUGGCUGGUUGGUUCAUCUCUGGCUCUGUUCUUGUUUUCUGGUUGCAGUGGUUUAGGGGAUGAUAAUUGUGUAAUCCACGACUAUGGAGUAUUGGGUUUUAUUUUUAAUAAUAGUUGAUAGCCAUAAUCA